CGGGGCUGUCUGCGGCCAGCGCCGCUCCCGCCCGGUGUCCGCGGCGCGCAGAGCCGCAGCGGUUCCUGGGCCGGCCGCCGGAAUGGGCCUGUGGCCGGAGAGGAAAGGCCGGCUGCCGUGGGACGCACUGGUGCCCUCGGCACGGCUGCACGACCGCCCGUGCCUGCUCGCCCGCACCGCGGGUCUUCCGGCUCGGGGGGUCAUGGUGAUCGCGUGGACGCUGGCCGCGAGGGUCUCAGAGGCCGCCGCAGGAGGACCUGGGCGGAGCAUGCGGGAGGGCCCGAGAGAGCCUUAGGAGACGCGGGGGAGAGGGAGGGCCUCUGACCCCAGGUCUGCUGGUGCAUAUGGCGAGGCCGGCGAGGGUGCCGCUGUGUUUGGAAGGCGAGGCUUGGCCGCCGGCUGCCGCUCGGGUGGGCUUUUCCAGCGUGAAAGGCCAGCUGGCGUGGGGCCCGGAGCAGACAUGGUUUGUGCUUGGCAGUGCGCUUGCUCCUCGUGAGGCCUGGGACAGGAAAUGUGGACAGUGCGAGUCCUGCCGCAGGCAGGCUUGUUCGGAGGCGAAGGAAUUCAGGUCCAGGAGAACUCCCCAGCCCAGCAGGCAGGCCUGGAGCCCUACUUUGACUUCAUCAUCACCAUCGGGCACUCGAGGCUGAACAAAGAGAAUGACACGCUGAAGGCCCUGCUGAAGGCCAACGUGGAGAAGCCCGUGAAGCUGGAGGUGUACAGCAUGAAGACCAUGAAGGUGCGCGAGGUCGAGGUGGUGCCCAGCAACAUGUGGGGCGGCCAGGGCCUGCUGGGCGCCAGCGUGCGCUUCUGCAGCUUCCGCAGGGCCAGCGAGCACGUGUGGCACGUGCUGGACGUAGAGCCGUCUUCUCCUGCCGCCCUUGCUGGCCUGCUGCCCUACACAGACUAUGUGGUCGGCUCAGACCAGGUCCUCCAGGAGUCUGAGGACUUCUUCACGCUCAUCGAGUCCCACGAGGGGAAGCCCCUGAAGCUGAUGGUUUAUAACUCUGAGUCGGACUCCUGCCGGGAGGUGACCGUAACUCCCAACGCAGCGUGGGGUGGAGAGGGCAGUCUGGGGUGUGGCAUUGGCUACGGGUACCUACACCGGAUCCCAACCCAGACCCCCAGCCACAAGAAGCCACCUGGUGCCCCACCGCCUGGCACUGUGCCACCUGAUGCCCCGGCACCUGGACCCACCCUCCAGGACUUUCCUGGCUCUUCGGGCCCAGAGAUGGGUUCCAGGCAGAGUGACUACAUGGAGGCCCUGCUACAGGCACCUGGCUCCUCCGUGGGGGAACAGCUUCCUGGGCCUGGGAGUCCCAGCCAUACCGCUCUAGACCUUGGAGGACUUCCUCCUCCUGUGGAAACUCCCCUUCAGCCUCCGCCUCCAGUGCAGCGCGUCAUGGACCCAGGCUUUCUGGACGUGUCAGGCAUUUCCCUCUUGGACAGCAGCAAUGGCGGCGUGUGGCCCGGUCUGCCCCCUCCCACAGUGCCCCCCUGCACAGCUGUCUCCAGCUCAGGGCCAGAGGACGUGUGCUCCAGCAGCAGUUCCCACGAGCGGGGCGGUGAGGCCACGUGGUCUGGGUCCGAGUUUGAAGUCUCCUUCUUGGACAGCCCCGGUGCCCAGGCCCAGCUGGACCACCUGCCUCAGCUGACCCUUCCCGACAGCCUCACCUCUGCAGCCUCACCCGAGGACGGGCUGUCGGCUGAGCUGCUCGAGGCUCAGGCAGAGGAGGAGCCAGCAAACACGGAGAGCGCGGAUUUGAGGCCAGAGCCCGAGGGGCCAGCCAGCCAGGGCCCCCUCUCUACCCCGGAACCACACUCUGGGCUGUGACGAGGCUCCGUGACGUCCUAGGGCCCGGCGGCCGGGCUCUGCUAGGCGGCCUGCUGUGCUGUGGGUGUCUGACUCAUCCCUGUGCCUUCACCUUCCCGGGCUGCAGCUCCAAGUGGCCUGAGGGACACCAGCCGGCAGCGGGCUUUCGUGCUGCUCAGACCCCCUCCUGCCCUACAGCGUGUGUGCCACCUGAUGGUCCUGGCUUUGGGGGUUUCAGACAAGUCCUCUUGGGCUGGUCGAGGGCUAGGAGCAGCACCCCGCGUUAAACGUUGCGUAGGCGCUCAGCAGACGAGCAUGGCUUGUUUGUUGCCCGGGUGGGGCACAAGGCCCCAGUGGAUGGUGAGAGGCCAAGGGCUGGAGGGAGGGCACCGUUUGGCCCUCGCCUUCUCAGGUCCAGGACUUGCUGUGGUCCCCGUGCCUGCCCAGGAGGUGGCAGGCUCUGGUCACAACCCAGUGUGAAAAUGGGGUGAGGGAGGAAGGGGAUAGUGUUGGUGUUGGCUCAGUCACUUCCUAGGCUCACCGUGAUUCUGCUUGCACUGUCCAGUUGUCCCCACUGGAGGAGGGACAGUGUGCUCACCCUCCAGGCCCUUCAGCACAGACCCCCAUUGUUGUGGGUCUUCGGUCACAAUGUUGCUCUUCCCUGGGGGCUACAAGCCAGUCCCCACAGCAACUCCUGUCAAUGCCCAAUCUUACACAACCACCCCUUCUGACUGCAGGGGGCAUCCAGCCAGCCCCAGUGGCGAAUCAGCAUCGCAGAUUUACAUUCACUGACCUCACCGACCUAUGCGAGCUCAAGGCCGGUCUACGUGACUAGGUCUUUGCACACGACCCUCACCCAGAGGGGAGUUAGGGGCCGAGAGUGCCUAAGAGCCCGUCUGUUCCCGAAGCUCAGGGAGAGCCGUCCUCCCAUGCCCUGGUGCCUUUGGGAGCUAAGGCUGGGUUGUGUCCCCUGCUCUGUCUGUCCCUGCGGAAAGGAGGGCCCACCCACGAAUGACCCCCUCACAACUCCAGUGCUCUGCUUGGUGGCCGGAGGCCCUCGCCUUCCCACGCCAGCCACUCCCUUGCCAGUGGCCUUGAAAACUGCUCUGGUGUUGGUGACGUGUGCCUCUGCCAGGCCGGCAGGAGCAGACCGUGCUCUGCGGUGCCGACCAGCUGAGCGGAGGGAGGCCCCAGGUCAGCACUGGGAGGUUCCAAGCACGUGACUUCCUUCAGAGCCAGCCCUGUCAGGCUACCAGUGCAGCUGUGAAGGCAGUGGGGCAGCGACACACGGGACCCCAGGCUCACGUCCCUUAACUCUGGGCUGGCAGCCUGACCCAGAGUUGCCCCUGCCCAAAGGUUCUGGCUCAUCCCUCACUUUGAAGCCCGCUACUCCCCAAAGCGGGGGAUAAAGAGGGCAUCGAGGCUAAUGACUUCCAGGGUGCACAGGAACCCAGAGGUUUCUUUCUCUAAUCUGCUACGAAGAAAGUGACAGGUGAAAAAAAUAAAUAUGUACUCUGCUUUGAAAUAUUUUAACUAAAGCUUUUAUUCUAUACAACUGUGAAAUACGGUUUUAUACCCUUUUGGCAUGGCAGACUCAAAUUUUCCGGAAAUGGUAUUACGGUUUGACUGGAGGGACAGAAUAGGUACGGUCAUGCUGGGGGUCAGGUCCGUGACGGAGCACGGCCGCCCUGGGCCCGGCACACGGGGCAGAGUGGCCUGGGAGCAGCUGUGCCUUUCGCACCAAGGCCCCGUGUGCAGAUGCAACUGAGGGCUGGUAAUUUUUAUCUUUAUCUUUUUUUUUUGCCAUGAAUUCACAACUAUUGCUAAAAAAAAAAGGUGCACCAAAAGCACACUGCUGUAUUCAACAAAUAGAAAGGACUCGAGGAAGGGAGAAAGACCGUUUCAGCUCGUUGGCGACGUGACUGCGCACAUCUUCAAAGUGCAGGAGGCAGUGACCUGUCCACUUUCCAAAGGAAGCUGCCCAGUGGGGAGGGAACCCUGUCUGCAGUUGUGCGGAUCAGAAUCUCAAUAGUAAGGGGUGGGCCUGAGCCCAUGAGCUGCCCCCGGUGGACCCUGCGAAGAUGUAGAAAAGAAAACACCUGCGCACCCCCCACCCCGUCCCAGGCCGGAAGAGCCGGGAGCUGGCGAGGCGACGGGGGUGAACUGCCCGCCGAAGGCACUUGUGCUUCUGGCUGCGUACAGGACCAUCGAACUAUUCUGAAUACAAAGAACUUGGGGGGAAUCCAGAGAAUUUCCUGCCAAAAGUCCAAGUGUUUAUCCCCAAUAAGUUAUAUUCUGUACAAGAUCCAAAUGAUUCUAUGAAAGCUUUAGAUUGUUAGAAAGAACAGUGAAAAGAAGAUCUGAUACAGAUAACAAAAAUCUGCAUACAAAACUUUGGAAAAACAAACAUGUAUACUUCCAGGAUACGACAUUCAAGCUCGCUGUGCUCUCCCUCUACUUUGACACCAUACGUUUUAGGUAGCAUUUGAAUCAAAUUAUAGUUUCAUCAUGGUCUUAAGUUCUGAUGGUGUCCUACUGCUCGCCCACGGCGAAAACCUGUAGUCUCAGCUGGCUCUACCCAUGAAUACAACUGCACGCAGGAGGAGGGAGGGAAACAGGUGCCUCCCCCGGGCUGCCGCAGCAAGGCAGCGCCCACCCCACAGUCCAAGUGCUCUGACCCAGCACCUAAAAUUGCAGCAGAUCUUUCUACAAGAACACAUCUGAGAUGCAAUAUUAAAAAGAAGCCCAAUAUUAACCAUUUAUUACGAAAUGGGCUGGCUCUCGAAUUGUGCAACAGCAAUUCGCAUUAAAAAUAAUUGUCUUAAAUGGUGAAAACAAUUUGAUAAGUUUUUUAUGACAAACUUGGAAAAAGCCUUCAAAGGUGCUGCAUGAAUGGAAUGUACUCUCAGAAAAGCUAUGGAGCAUGUGGGUUUGAGAUUGAAACACAGUAACAGAUGCGGCCCAAUGAUGUGUCUCUUAACAAGUGCUAACAGACAAAGACAAGGUCCUUUCAAACAAAAGGAGGAAGCCAAGUCUGCACUGGCCUGUGCUCAGUUCUCUGUCCAUCGCCAAGACAGGCUGCUUCCCUGGGGACAGCUUAAUCUACACGUGGAGACUGGUUUCUAUAUUACACUUCGAUUAGUCACUUCAACUGAAAGGGAAUCUCGGUCCGUACCAGGUCGGCCGUUAGAAGUCUUGCUCCCGUUGGGGCUUGGUGGGCUUCUCCUAGGACUACUCUUGGGGCCAGAGAGGAAGGUAGCGAAUGAAUACCCAGGAGCUGGCCCGCUCUUCACGUGGACUUCUGACGGUAGUGGAGGGUGAGGUCCCCACCGCUUUUCCAUAUGAAGUGUUUCACUGUUCGAAGGUCCAUAUUCGGAUCCAGAACCUGAACACACACGACAGACACAACACUUCUAAGUCUCUUGCUACCUACCGGCCGAGGUGCUCCCACCAGGUGACCCAGCCUGCUCUUCGUGUUUGGCCUCCAGGUACCCAGGCACGCGACCGGGCAGAAAGCUGCGUCUUUCGUGGUUAGGCCAGGAACACAAGGCUGGCAUUCAGCCACCGCUCCAGGAAAAUGCCUGGGUGCAUCUUGAUCUAAAACAGCUCUGCCGUCUCCACUGCAAGUCUAACCCAGCACACGUUUUGCAAAUCUAGACCAUGUGUCUCCUUGUUAGGAAACAAGGCCACCAGCAGUCUGAUCUAGGAGUGUGUGUAAUCUCUGGGUUCUUCCUGAAAAACCUCCCACGAGUGAAGAGGGGCUUUCGUGUGGGCUAAAGAGCCCCUCUAGGGGCCGGCACUGUGGCUCAGUGGGUUAACGCCCUGGCCUGCAAUGCCGGCAUCCCAUAUGGGCGCCGGUUCAAGUCCUGGCUGCUCCUCUUCUGAUCCAGCUCUCUGCUAUGGCCUGGGAAAGCAGUAGAAGGUGGCCCAAGUCCUUGAGCCCCUGCACCUGCAUGGGAGAACCAGAAGAACCUCCUGGCUCCUGGCUUCGGAUCGGCGCAGUUCCAGCCGUUGCGGCCAAUUGGAGAGUGAACCAUCGAAUGGAAGACCUCUCUCUCUCUCUGCCUCUCCUCUCUGUGCAACUCUUUCAAAUAAAUAAAUAAAUCUAAAAAAAAAAAAAAAAAAAA